UUUGCUGCUGUAGUUUGUGAUCCAGUUAUGGGAGAUGAAGGAAAGCUAUAUGUUCCACAAGAGUUGGUAUCUGUGCAUCGAGAAAAGGUUGUUCCUGUUGCUUCUAUGCUUACUCCGAAUCAAUUUGAAGCUGAACUACUGACUGGAUUGAGGAUCACUUCUGAACAAGAUGGCUUGGCGGCUUGUAAUAUUCUUCAUGCUGCUGGACCUCCGAAGGUGGUAAUAACUAGCAUGCAAAUUGCAGACAAGCUUCUUCUAAUUGGCAGUCAUCAGAAAAAAAAGGUACAAUUUAAUUUUCUUUGUUAUGUUGCUUUUUUUAAGACAUUUUGGUGCAUUAUAGAUAGAUAUUUGUACCGCACUAGCAAAUUAGUUCUCUAUUUGAGAUCAGGGUUCUAUGUUGAUCAACGGAAGCUUAAAAUUAUUCUUCUCCAUAAAGUUGAUUGCAUUCAACUUACUUGA